UGCGUGCCCAGCGCCGGGCGCAUCGCGGCGCUUCAUUCUCGUGCGCGGCCUCAUGGAUUACUCGACAAUACUCAUUUUCCUGGUAGCCGGGCUACUGGUGCAAGUGUCAUCGGCGCCGGCUGCGGACUCGGCGGAGGCGGGCCUCGAGGAGGAGUACAGCGACGUCGCCGACGCCGAAAACGACGCCGCUUCCAACCCGGAGUCUGAGGGCAGCGACGGAGCUGGAGCCGAUGGGCGUGAGGGACGCAUCUUGGGGCCAAGGUUGAUCAGCCACGUGCAGGCUGAGAACAACCUAUCACCCCAGCCCCACGCGGUCGGCAACAAAUUCUCCCAGCCCCGCCCCGCAUCCGGCGACGUCCUGCCCAGCGUGCCCAUCAUUCUUCCUCCGGCCCAAGACCCGGUCAACGUCUACCCCGUCCAGUACCCAGGCGUCCAGCCGGUCGUCGCCCACCUGGACAAAAACGCAGGGGCCCCCGUGAGUGGCGUCGUCGCCGGCUACCCGCUCGUCGUCCACAUCCCCGAGACGAACCAGCCGAUCGCCAUCUACCGCGGCCAGUUCCCGGCCUUCAUCGAGCGCAUCGUCCAGCGCAUCCAGAACCGCUACUCCGUGUACAACCCGCCCGAGUACUUCGAGAACCGCCCGCUCCCCGACGCCGAGCUCCAGCCCCCCGAACCGCCCCUCUGCGUCCAGGCGGCCGACACCGAGGGGCGCAACGAGACGCAGGAGGGCUACGCCUACGUCCCACCCUGCCCCACCUCCACCACGCCCACGACAACCACCCCUGAGCCCCCGACCACCGGCUACGUCUACGAGGAUCCCAAACUCCCCGAAGACAACACCAACAUAACCGUCUUCAACGGCACCAUCAUCCUUAUCAAUUGCACGGACCUCCAUGAUCUCACCUCGACGAGCACCGAGAUUUACGUCACACCCCCCAAGGCGACGUCGAGUCCGCCUCCACCCCCACCGUCCAUCUACCUCCCACCAUCCACGGAACCAUCCCCGUUUUACCUGCCUCCCGAAACAACCACUACAACCACCACGACUACCACUACUUCAGCACCCCCUGAGACUCAAAAACCAUCAACCCCAGGCCCGGCAUACCUGCCUCCCGAGACGCCGAAACCCUCCACACUUCUUCCUCCGACCUAUCUGCCUCCUGAGAGCCCUAAGCCCCCCACGUACAUCCCGCCAGACCCGGCCCCGAUUUACCUGCCCCCUGAACACCCCGCCCCGUCGUAUCCGCCCCCCAAAACGACGACGGAGAGUUCUGUAGCGUACGUCAUCCAUACUGAGAAAGAGCCGGUAUCGUAUCCUGCGCCCCAUGUUAAUAUCAAUAUCAAUGGCUACCAGCAGGCGAAUCAGCUUCAACCUCUGUUCCCGUUUCCUCUGAGGUUGAUCCAGUUUAAGAAAAUGCUCUUGGCGAAGAUACUGCAUUUGAAUUGAGCGGCCGUUACGAUAUCCCUAUUAAAAUAUUGUAUCAUGAUUGAUUGACGAGCAACUGCUUUUCAACACUUCAAUUUUAAUUUUCGAUUUUUCAUUUCUCCCCGAGUAAACACCAAACGGCGGUGGAAUAUCUCGUACACUGGAAAAAAAAAACACAUUGGAUCUAGAGUCCAGACUCUUGAAAACAU